UCCAUUGACGAAGAUUUAUAAAGAAUAAAGCUGUUGAUAAACAGAGAUUUUGAUUUUUGAGGGGUAAAAAAAGAAGCAAAAAUGGUGCUGUGGGAGAUCGCAUUGGGAACGGCUUAUUUCUUGGGGCUUAAACGAAGUUACAAGCUUGCUUUGAAGAUUCAGCGACGGAUUAUUAGUCGUAACCAGCCACGGCUUCAACAAUUUGUUCAAAGAACGCGUGUUGUAUUCGACAUAGCACUCAAGGUUCACAGGAACAUACAGCAUAGAGACUUAGAAGUUGGUCGAAACCUUGGUGAUUGUAUCCUCCGCUGGCUCCAUAAAAUAAAACCUUCAGCUCAAAUCCGAGGUCCUCCGCCUCAUCAAGAGCCCAACCACGGUACUGGCAAAGCAAACAUGAACAUGCCAAAGCAAGUGACAAACACAUCUUCACCGAAAACUCCACGAAGCAACCAGUCACCUCGAAACCAUGAUGCUGGUAGACAUCUUUUUAGUUCAUUAACAAGUACAUGGUCUAAGUCCUUCCCUACUACCAUUGCAAUGAUGAUGCAACCACCAACUGCUACCGGAAACAUGACUCGGUGCCGGCAUUUGAGCAUUAACGGACCCGACGCAUCGAGGCUGAACUACACGAGAGACCAGGGAGUUGUUAGAAAGGACAUAAUGCAAUGGAUGGUGCGCAAGUGAAGAUGAAAGACCUCAUCUGUUUGCAUUUAUGGAGUUCCAAAAAUAUGAAACUUUCCUGAGAACCACUAAACUGGGUUUACUUAGGAUAAUAAUCCAUGUUUUUGGUCAUAAUUAUGUCAUUAUUUUCGUGUCGAGUUAGUGUAAGGUGUUAUAUAUAUAUAUAUAUAUAUAUAUUCAUAUUUUGAAUUAUUAAUAAUUUAUAUAAUGAUUUUAAUACAUGUGAAUCAUUGUUG